AUGUCUGACGAUUCGUUCAUCCAUGCGUGCGCCGGCGGUGUCGGCGGUAUGGUCGCCAUGACCGCCACCUACCCGCUCGUGGGUAUCUCGACACGUGCUGCUGUCGAAUCGUCCAAGAACCCCGAAGAGCCCAUGUUCAAUGCUGCGCUCAAGAUCCUCCAGCAGGAAGGUGUUUCGGGCCUUUACGCCGGUCUCAGCUCCAGUUUGCUGGGAAUUGGCGUCACCAACUUCGUCUACUACUUUUUCUUUGAAAAGUGCCGAGAGAGCAUUCUGAAGUCCAAGGCCAAAGUGGCUGCUGCUGCGGCCACGAGCGCCACGGCGACCAUCGCCAACGGAGGAGCGCUCACCACGCUCGAGUCCAUCAUUGCCGGUGUGAUCGCAGGUACGGCGACCACCGUCUCGACCAACCCGAUCUGGAUCGUCAACACGCGCCAGACUGUGCGCGUCGGUGUCACCGAGACCGACCCCAAGGCGGCAGCGGCGGCGACUUCCAAAGCCGUCGCGGUCAAGCGUCUCGGCUUCCUGCAGACCAUGCAGAAGAUCAUCCGCGAAGAAGGCCCGCUCGCCCUCUGGAAGGGUCUCGGCCCGGCGCUGGUGCUGGUCAUCAACCCCGUGCUCCAGUACACGGCGUUCGAGCAGCUCAAGAACUGGGUUGUCAAGUCGCGCCUCGCACGCGCCAACGGCGGCAAAGUCUCGCUCUCAGACUGGGACUUCUUCUGGCUCGGUGCACUGUCCAAGCUCUUUGCUACCGGUCUGACGUACCCGCAGAUUGUGAUCAAGAGCCGACAGCACGCCGGCAGCAGCAAGGGCGCCAGCACCAACAUCUGGACCGCCAUGGUCGAGAUCGUCCAGAAGGAGGGCAUCGCCGGUCUCUACCGCGGUAUCACGAGCAAGCUGCUGCAAUCGGUCCUCACCGCUGCUAUCCUCUUUGCUAGCAAGGAGAGGGUGUUUAACAUUACAAAGACGCUUAUCGCCCCGGUUGCCGCCGUCGCUCCCGUCAAAAACUAA